GGAAGGGGGGGCAGGCUAGCUCAGGAGAGGUUUGAAUAGGGAAGUUUUGCAGGCGUUUACAUUUGCAGUCACUUCAGUGUUUGCAAAUAUUGUCAGCACCACUGAGCAGCUCCUCGGCUCCAGGAGGAGUGAGCCUUGGAUAUAUAUAUAUAUUUUUAAUUGCUAUGCAAUGACAUUUGCAUGAAAAACUGGCGUACUUCUUCCAUCCUGCUGGGAUCUACCCUCUGCAAGCUGUGGAUUACAUUGUAUGAGCGCAGCACACCUUAGCUAUAUGUUAGCCCUGCUAUUUUUGCAGCUAUAAUCUAAAUAUAUAGAAAUAUUAGGUUAUUUCUCCCCCUUUGCAUUAGAUCAUGGAUGUUCUACCAAUGUGCAGCAUUUUCCAGGAGCUCCAGAUCGUGCAUGACACUGGCUACUUCUCUGCUUUACCCUCUCUGGAGGAAUAUUGGCAACAGACCUGCCUGGAACUAGAACGCUACCUGCAAAGUGAACCUUGCUAUGUGUCGGCUUCUGAAUUUAAAUUUGAUAGGGAAGAGGAUCUUUGGACCAAAUUUAUUCUGGCAUGUGAGAAAAAAGAGGAGCCUGACCCCCAGCUUAUCUGUAUCAAAACUGAGGACAUCUCUGACAGCCAAAACCUGGAGACCAAUAGCUUGAACUCUGACAUUAGUAGCGAAUUAUCGGACAGUUCUGAAGAACUAUCGCCAACUUCCAAAUUUACCUCAAAUCCUGUUAGGGAUGUGGUGAUCAAAUCUGAACCGUUUAGUUCAUCAGUCACUUCCACCCCACCUUCGUCCCCUGAGCAGGGAAAGGAAUCUCCCCAUCACUUAUGGAAUGCCAUUACUGGAGAGCUUAAUUCCUCUGGGAAAAUACGCUCUGGUUCAUUUGUAAAGACUCUCGAUCAAGGUAGCCCAACCAGUGGAGAAACCUCACCAGAUGGCAGAAAACGUGUCCACAAGUGUCAUUUCAAUGGCUGCAAGAAAGUUUACACCAAGAGCUCUCACCUGAAAGCACACCAGCGUACCCAUACAGGAGAGAAGCCUUACAGAUGUUCUUGGGAGGGUUGUGCGUGGCGUUUUGCAAGAAGUGAUGAACUGACAAGACACUUCCGAAAACACACUGGUGCCAAACCGUUUAAGUGCACUCAUUGUGACAGAUGUUUCUCCAGGUCAGAUCACUUGGCUCUGCACAUGAAGCGACACAUAUGAAUGAAUCAGGAAGUCAUGUGAUUAAAAGCGGCUUCAAGGUUAAAUUGCCUUGUGCGAGGGAUGCGAGUUCCAGCCAAAGCAUGACAAUUUGCACCCUAACCAGUUGCCUUCAAGACCUCACUUCUUCGAGGGGCUUUGCAGGGCUUAUCAAUCGUGUAAGAUGCGGCAUAGCAACCAUACAGUGCUACUUCUGGAGCUGACUGGGCCCAUGCACUAAUGGUGCUUAAUCUUCUGAGUGGCUUGUCUAAGCCGUCGCCGUGAGCAUGUGCACUGAGAAUGGUAAUGAUUGGGUGACUGAAUGGUGGAAAGGAGCCAAUGUUUGAAUGUGGAAGAUCUUGUUUAUUUUUUUUCCUUCUGGUUGAGUACAGUUGCGAGGGAUUAAGAAAAAAAUAAAAAUAAAAAAAUAAAACGGUUUGAAUGUUUGUAUGCUAUUGCAUACUCUUAUUUGGGACAACCAUCAAUCAUUCUACUUAGGGGGUCCAUUCCUAAAGUGAAGGAAGCAUUGAUCCCCGAAAGCAGAUGAUCCCUUUCCUGUGUGAGAGGAGCUUUUGUUGUCUGGUGCAGCUAUUAAACGUGCAAUGUGUCAAGUAGCUCGUUUUUUUUACGUGCUACAGCGAUUGUUUGUAACCCAUUGUAUAAGCUGUGUAUUUACAAAUAUAACACAACUAUAACUUCAUUAUAAUAGAAAAGGUAUUGCAUGGUUCAGGGGAAAUGUGUACGCUUCUCCAUUCUUUAAUCAGGACUGCAGUUAUGAUUCCAGUUGAGAGCAGCUAAAAUACAAUUGGUCUGUUACAUUACUUAUGUAUAGAAUGAAAAGUAAAUAAAAUAAAUAAAAUAUAAAAAAAAAAGUGGAGGAAACCACUAUAGCUUAAACCGAUUUUUCUCAUGCAGCUAAUUUUUCUAUUAUUUAUGCCUUGAGGACUAAUUUCUGGUUUUCUAGCUGUUGACGCACUGUUGUCCUUAAAAAUGGUGCCUUAUGCAAGUGGCCUUCUCCAGUGAUGGAUGUGGGUCAGAUACAGGGGUUUAAGUGAUUUAAGCUUACUUAAGGCUCUGUUAUCACCCAGGAGUGUACUUUUUCCCAACACAUAAAGGCUUAUGCUAUAAAAUGGUACAAAAUGUUUCUGUGGCCCUUAGCAACCAUUAGCAUCCUGGCUUUCAGUAGUCUGACUACAGUAGUUUGCUAAAAGCUGAUAUGAUUGGUUGCUGCCUGGUUACAGUCCAUCUUUGUGUUUUGCACCUUUUUAUUAGGUAAGCUCCAUAAUAUAGAAAAAUACAUUUACACACAUCAAGACAGUGAGACACCGCCUGCAAAACACUAUGUUUCUGUUUGGCUCUUGUGUGUGUGUGUAACGUGUGUGUGUUUUUUUUUUUUUUUUUUAUGUCCUUUUUUUUUUUUUUUUUUUUCCCCUGUACUAUGUUAGUUGCCCAUGUUAUUGUACCUGCUUUUCAGAACACACUGACCUGUUCAGAGCAUUUGCUUACACUUUCUUUACAUGGAACUUGCACAUAUGUAUCUGUACAUGCACUUAAUAUGUAAAAUGCUCAUAUACUUGUCAAGGUACAGAUUGUGGUUGUUUAAAAGGAAAAAAAAAAAAGUGAUCCUUUUAAUGUCUGAACUUUAUUUAAACCUGACAUCCACCAAAGCGAAUAUAUAACAGGCAACACUUUCUGUCUCUGCUUCACAAUACAAUGAACGUGCACUCUACAGCCGAAAAAUUUACAAGGCAUAUAGCUUUUUAGGAGGACUUUUGAAAAUUUAUUUGGGUGCAAGCCUUUGUAGUCUUAGGUCACUGAGUGUUAAGAGCUGUAUUAAGAGUUUGAAAUAUAUUUUUGUAAUAUGUUAUUUAAUGUCUAAACAAGAUCCUGUAACUGUAGAAUACAAUUAACAGUUGGUAUCCUGAGCAUUUAGAUUUUAGCUAUCUUUUUAGUAAUUUUCUCACUGUAGAAAUGGAAGGAAGUCUUGCAUGUGGAUUUGCCGUACAAUCUUUUUUUGUUUUUUUACCUAAAUACUGCCACAAGUAAUGCUAAAUAAACAAGAGUGAUCUAGCAUUAUUUGAAAUUAAAGCUAAAAGGUACCACUGGGGUAAAAUUAUAUUUGUAAUUGGCCAUUAGUGAAGGGACAUGCACACACUAAAGACUGCAUAUAUCAGUAUUGUCAUUUUACAUAUAACAUCCUCUUUUCUUGACCGUAAAUAUGACAUGAUUUGUAUAGCAUGUAUUAGACUGAUUAACAGUACAUCUGCAAUCUCUACCAUGGUAAAAUAAAGAGAAUCUGCAUCCUGCAAUAUUGCCCCUGGUUUGCAUUUGCCAAUAAUCCUGAAAUUGCAAAGUGACACAAAUAAUCUGCAUCCAAUUAGGGUUUGUAACAGAUCACCAUGGAAUGAAAAUUCAAGCCAGCCACAACAGAAAACAAGUUGAAAUCCAUCAAUGCUGACAUUACUAUAUAUAGAGAGAAAUAUGAAACUAGCCCUAGAGGAUGAUGCAAAAUAAAAACAAAAUAAUUCCAAUCUACGUCAAAAAAAAAAAAAAAAAAAUUCAGACAGUGUCAGUUUUCAAAUAGCAUAUGUAAACCUUAAGGGCUUGUGGCAUUUUGUGUUUAAUCAACUCCCUGAUCUGUAAAAAGUUCACACACAUGAUUUGAGAAGUAUAGUAACCCACAGGAAUAAGAUCUUUGCUCUCCUUCUUCCAAUUACUGAUCUGGCUAAAGGGAUUGGUUGCUAAAGGUUCCUAUGCUUUUGCACCAUGUAAGUAAAAUUGUUCCUAGUAUAAUUACAACAAUUUUAUUUUACACUAGAACAAAGGGUUUGCUCUGACAUGCUGCAAACGCUGGAUUACCCUUUAUGGCAGUAUUUAGUUUUUGGAGGUAGAUUUACUAAAAUUGUCUUAAAACCUUUUGGCCUAAUAACUAAUAUUUUGUUUUUAAACUUACUGUGUAAGUAAUUUGUCAUACUCAGUUUGGUUUUGGCUAAAAACCAGUUUAGCCGACUCCUCCACUUUUUUUUUCCGGUUUCCCAUGGUUGUGUGGACAAGGGUAGAAAAUAGUCUUUGUAUAAGCCGGAGACUAAGUAGCAUUUCAAAACGCCUCUUUUUGAAGUGCUAGAAGUUUAGCCAUAAUAAUCGCAAGACGAUAAACAAUAGUGCUUAACAUGCACUGGCCUGUCUUGCUUGUAAAAUGCCAUCAGCAUUCUCUUGAGUAGGGUGGGGUUGUGUGAAUCUCCUAAAUAGCAAUGCCUAUAAUUUUCUUAAUGAGAAAAUACACUCUGUUCAGGUGAUAACCGAGCCUCAGUCAUGCUGAUGGGGGUGAUGUAAAUUUGUUUGAAAUUUGAGGGGGGGGAAUGUUUAUUAGUGAAAAUUUAUUUCCUUUUUAUUUUAUUCCUCAAACACCCUGUUAUCUAAAAGAGAAAUCUUUGUAAGAUUUUUGUAAAAAAGAAAAAGAAAAAAAAUUUUGUUUUACAAGAUUUUAUUUGAAAAUUGUUUUUUUGCAAGAUUGUUAUAUUUCUGUAUGAAUGUAUUUUUUAUUGGAAUAACAUAAAAAAAGAAUUCCUAUCA